CCUUUUCGCUUACCAUCAACUUUGACAUCAACAUUGAGGGCAACAAAAAGGGCGGCGGCGGCGGCAGCGGAAGCGGAGGUUACGGCAGCGGCUACGACAGUGGCUACGAGGGCGGCUAUGAAGGAAAAGGUUACAGUUAUGGUGGCUACAAGAAGCAGCCGUACAAGCCAAGCAGUUACUACCCGCAAAAACGGAUGCCGUACAUGAAACCGCAGUACGGUGGUUACAGUGGCAAUUACCACCGCGACCAUUAUCCUCCUCAAACUUCCACCUACGGCUACGGCUCCUACGGACCGAGGAAUUACUACCAACGAGAGUACUCACACGAGUACAUGCCCAAGUACAAGAGAAUCGAGAAGGGCGCAGUGCACAUCGUGGGCGAGGUGCGCGGCCUGACGCCGGGCAAGCACGGUUUUCACGUCCACCAGUUCGGCGACACCUCGGACGGCUGCACCAGCAUGGGCCCGCACUACAACCCCGCCGGACACAGCCACGGGGCGCCCGGAGACGCCGCCCGACACGUCGGCGACCUGGGCAACAUCGAGGCGGACAGCAAGGGCGUCGCCCGGGUUGACCUUUGGGACAGCAUGGUCACGCUGAAGGGCGAGCACUCCAUUGUCGGCCGAGGGGUGGUGAUUCACGGCGGCGUCGACGACCUGGGCACCGGGAAGGAGGGCAAGGCGGCGGAGAGCAAAAAGACGGGCAACGCUGGCCCUCGAGUCGGCUGUGCGCCCAUUGCCUUUGCCAAGGUGUAG